CCUUGCAAAACAUUCAGCAUUACAACGCUACAUUUUCCCUUGGAAUUUUGUCCAAAAUUUCACGUCGGGAAAAAGGAAAUUCUCUAAUCAUUCUCAAAUCAAUGGAAGCUCUAUGGAAAUUAGAAGAUAAGUGGAAGCUAUCAACCCAAGAAGCUGUAGCAUUUUUUGCAUGCACUGCUUUUCUGGUCAUUGGAGUUUGCUUUGCCACAUUCCUAAAGAGGAGGGCUAAAAGAAGUGGACUAGUUCAUCAAGAACCAUGCAUGAAUACUGAAGCAACAGAUGAAGCAAAGCGGUCUGAUCAGAAACAGAUGAAAAAAUGGGGAGCUGUGAAGGAGUUGCUGAUGGGUUCGGUGAGGUGGAGUGGUGUGAGCAAGUUGGAAGAAAGAAGAUUAAGUGGAAGUCAGAGAGAGAGAGCUGCACCAUUGCCGGUGGUCGGAGGGGAAAAGUGUGAAGAAAAUUUGGGAAGGUUGAGUCAUAAUUCGAGUUCUGCGGUGUGGCAAAGGCCUAUAUUGAUGGGGGAGAAGUGUGAGUUGCCCAGGUUUAGUGGGCUUAUUCUCUAUGAUGAAAGAGGAAGGCCACUUGAUCAGCACGGUGACAUUCAAAGUAUUGAUGAUUUUCAGGGUGAUCAGGAAAGACCAUCUGCUUCUGUUAGAACUACUCUGAGGGACUUCCUGUAACAGAUAUCAGUCAAUACCCAACACUUGAAUCUGGGGUUGAACUUUUGUUUAUAAUGUUUUUGUGUGAACUAUGAUAUGAUGAAUUGCUCUUAUAUCUUAGAUUAUAAGUUUGCAAUUUGUUUGCUACAGGUCUAAAGAGAGGUCUGUGUGUUUGGGUGCUAAAAAUGUUGAAACCGUAAGAGAAAAAUGUGAAAGAAGACUUCGCAUAAAAGUUGGUUAAACUAGCUA